AUGGAAUGUAAACACUUACAAAGAACUAUUGAGAACAAGAGGGAUUUUAAUGAUACUGAUAUUGUAAAUUGUGUUUUCCUUUCCGAGCGGAAGGCUCCCGUGACCACAAAUAAGUUUGUGAAAUUCUGCAAAAAUAAACUAUUUAUCACUGGCAGUGUACGAUCUUUGCAGCGGUAUUUCGGCAAUAAGAGCAGUAGUAAUGAAUACAUGUGCAAUCUCGAUAAGCCUCUCGAGGCUUCCACAUCUGGUGAAAGAUUUAUGUUUACAACAAAGAAUGAAUCAAAGAAAGAUUUUGAAUUAGGUAAACAAAUCAUUAAAUGUCAACAUGCAGAUGACCACUCGGUUCUAAGAGGACAUCAUCAACAUAUAUCUGUUGAAAGUUGUGCUAUUUAUUGUCAAUUAUCAAAGCACGGAUGGUAUUGGGGUGGAAUCACAUCUAGUGAAGCAGAGGAAUUAUUGGCGGGACAGCAUGAUAAUGUGUUUCUUGUGAGAGAUUCAUAUGAUUCACGGCACAUACUUUGUGUGUCAUUUAGAUGUGUAGGUAGAACACUCCAUGCACGUCUACGGCAUGCGGAUGGACUCUUUUCUUUAAACAAUGAAACCUUUGUACCAGCUAAUAGGAUAUCUGAACAUUGUGCUACAGUAGAUGUUAAAUCGAAUUUAUUUGAAAUGCCAGUGAAGUUAGCUAGACCACUUAACAGGUUUGCCAAGUUAGACUCACUACAGAAAAUUUGCAGAUUUGUUAUUAGACAAACUGUUUCUGAAAAGUCCUGGAAAAAGUUACCCUUACCUCCAAAUCUUAUUUCAUAUGUAUCCUUAGGUAGAGAUUAUAUUGCACCAACAUAA